CUCGAGGACAUUUUGCAAGGACAGAUCAAGAUGCUGGCGACAGCAUUUACCGGGUUGUCGCUGACAUCCAGCUGCAGCCUUCUCGCUGGGAAACCUAGUCAGCUUCAGAGCACUCACAGAUGCCCACCCCUGCAGAGAAGUGUAGGAUGCCCCAACAUUGAGGCUGCACACAAAAAGGGAGGUGGAAGCACAAAGAAUGGAAGGGACUCUAACCCUCAGAUGAGGGGGGUGAAGGUUUAUGGAGGACAGCCGGUGAAGGCGGGUGGCAUCAUCGUGAGGCAGCUGGGCACAAAGUUCCACCCUGGACCUGGAGUAGGGCUUGGCAAGGACCACACCCUGUUCGCUCUGGACUCCGGCAUCGUCAUCUUCAAGAAGACGAAGUACAUCAAGAGGGUCAGUGUGAUCCCGACGUCGACUUACGUGAUUCCUGAGGGCCAAAGAGUGCAGCCCGGCAGCAGGAAGACACAGCGCAAGCUAGAGUUUCCUCCCCGCCAGCUACUCAGAGAGCAGUUUGAGAAGGACAUGGAGGAGGCUACAGCUGUAGCUGCUUGAAGAUGGACGUUGAAUUGUCCAUCAUACUUCCUGCUAAUUGCAGCCAACGGAUGUAGAGAAAGAAGCUGACAAUCUUGCAGUGCUUUACUGACGUCAACAGCACAGUAAACAAAUAGAGGAAGAAGGACCUCUUUCUGGUGAUCGCAGUGGGACUGCUCAGCUUUGCGCAUGGAUAGAUUUACCAUCAAUGGAGCACUCUUGAGUUUAACACAGAAUUUACCAGUGGAGGCUUUCCUAUCAGAUAGCUGCUGGCACCAGUAUGGCCAGUGUACUUGUGCUAUGCCGGCUUCAUCAUAUCAAUCUCGUGGUGAAGCUGUGAUGGCAUCAUACUUGGCCACGUCCUGUGAUUGUGUAAUUUUCUUGGAUCGGUGUAC